AUGGAGCUGGAGAACCAAACCUCUGUCGAAGAAUUCAUCUUUGCAGGACUCUCCAGCCACCGAAGGACACAGCUUCUGCUUUUUGUGGUCAUCCUCAUUAUCUACAUCCUGACUGUGGUGGAGAACCUGCUGGUCAUCCUGCUGGUGCAAAUGGACUCCCGCCUCCACACGCCCAUGUACUUCUUCCUGAUGAACCUCUCGGGCAUGGAGAUUUUGUAUGUCUCCUCCAGCCUGCCCCAGAUGCUGGCAAACCUCCUGGCUGGACAUGGAGUCAUUUCCAUUGCACGCUGUGCUGCCCAGAUGUACGUAGGGGCGCUUUCAGGUGGUGUCGAAUGCCUCCUGCUGGCUGUGAUGGCUUAUGACCGCUACUUGGCCGUCUGUCACCCUCUGCGAUAUACUGUUGCCAUGGGCAGAGGGCGCCAACUGCAACUUGCCUUUGCUUCCUGGGCAGCAGGCUUCGUCAUUGCCACAAUGAAUGUGACCGGCACCUUCCGCCAUGCCUUUUGUGGUUCCAACCACAUCAACCACUUCUUCUGUGAGCAGCCCACAGUGCUGAAACUUGCAUGUGGUGAUACCCACAUCACUGAGGCCAUCAUGUUUGCAAAUGGCUUUGUCGUUUUCGUUGGUCCCCUGUCUGUUAUCUUGAUAUCGUACAUGCUCAUCCUGUCUUCUGUCUUACGAAUGCGGUCCUCUGCCAGUCAGCACAAGGCCUUCUCUACGUGUGGCUCCCACUUGGCCGUAGUCACCAUCUUCUAUGGCACCGCCAUGUCUGUGCACAUGAACUCACAGUCAGGUGAGCACCCUGAUCAGGUCAAAGAAAUAGCUGUCCUUUAUAUUGUGGUUACCCCUAUGUUCAAUCCUCUCAUUUACACUCUAAGGAACAAGGAAGUCCAUACAGCAGUGGCCAAGGUGUUGCAAAGAAGGAGAUUUGAGCGAAAUGGUUGA